AUGUACGUGUCAACACCACGCUCUGCAUUGAGAACCUCUACUAACAAAGAUGGUCCGUUCAGCGUAAUUAUCUCGAUAAUUCUCCAACUAGUAUACGCCAGUGAAACUUCCUCGGGCGAUUUCACCUAUGAGGCCUGGACCGUCGCAGUUUCUACGCAAGUGGCUCAAUGUGUGAGUAUUGUCACAGCCUGCUCCCCCCAGUUCAAGCCCUUCUUGGAUAAUCUCCAGUCAUCGGGAAUGGGCUUGGGUAUGAUGAACUCCCACCAUCACGGCAGCAAAUAUAAGACAUAUGGCAUGAGCACAUUCAAGACCUUCCGUCGCACUGCAGAUGCUCACAGUGAGACUCACGAAUUAGUCUCGGCACUCCACGAAGGGACUAAUCAGACCAUGGUGACGUCGGCCCCGGACGAGGAUACCGAAAGCCAGUACAGUCGCUCUAACAUAAUUCUGGAGACGCGGACGUGGACAGUCACUGAAGGGUUGUCAAAUUGA